AGCAGCAGCAGCAAUUCGGCGCUCGGGUACCCGCGCCCCUGCCCGCGCCCAUGCGGGGCCGACGCCAGUGACGCCGGAGAGGUGCCUCCCGUUCUCGCCGGGACUCUCACCGCUGCUGGGAGUGACCCACAGAGGUUGCCGAGAUGGCCGGGGCCUCGGUGAAGGUGGCGGUGCGUGUCCGCCCUUUCAAUUCCCGGGAAAUGAGCCGCGACUCCAAGUGCAUCAUCCAGAUGUCCGGAAGUACCACCACCAUCGUCAACCCCAAACAGCCCAAGGAGACGCCUAAAAGCUUCAGCUUCGACUACUCCUACUGGUCGCACACGUCGCCCGAGGACAUCGACUACGCGUCGCAGAAGCAGGUCUACCGGGACAUCGGCGAGGAGAUGCUGCAGCACGCCUUCGAGGGCUACAACGUCUGCAUCUUCGCGUACGGCCAGACUGGGGCCGGCAAGUCCUACACCAUGAUGGGCAAGCAGGAGAAGGACCAGCAGGGCAUCAUCCCGCAGCUCUGCGAGGACCUGUUCUCCCGCAUCAACGACACCACCAACGACAACAUGUCCUACUCCGUGGAGGUCAGCUACAUGGAGAUAUACUGUGAGCGCGUCCGUGACCUCCUGAACCCCAAGAACAAGGGCAACCUGCGUGUGCGGGAGCACCCGCUGCUGGGGCCGUACGUGGAGGACCUCUCCAAGCUGGCCGUCACCUCCUACAACGACAUCCAGGACCUCAUGGACUCAGGAAACAAGGCCAGGACCGUGGCGGCCACGAACAUGAAUGAGACCAGCAGCCGCUCCCACGCCGUCUUCAACAUCAUCUUCACCCAGAAGCGCCACGAUGCGGAGACCGACAUCACCACGGAGAAGGUGAGCAAGAUCAGCCUGGUGGACUUGGCCGGGAGCGAGCGGGCCGACUCCACGGGGGCGAAGGGCACGCGUCUCAAGGAGGGAGCCAACAUCAACAAGUCCCUGACCACGCUGGGGAAGGUCAUCUCCGCGCUGGCUGAGAUGGACUCUGGGCCCAACAAGAACAAGAAAAAGAAGAAGACGGACUUCAUCCCGUACCGAGACUCCGUGCUGACCUGGCUUCUCAGGGAGAACCUAGGGGGGAACUCGAGGACGGCGAUGGUGGCGGCCCUCAGCCCCGCAGACAUCAACUAUGACGAGACCCUGAGCACGCUGAGGUACGCCGACCGGGCUAAGCAGAUCCGCUGUAACGCUGUCAUCAACGAGGACCCCAACAACAAGCUGAUCCGCGAGCUGAAGGAUGAGGUCACGCGGCUGCGGGACCUGCUGUACGCCCAGGGUCUCGGGGACAUCACCGACACCAACACUGUGCCCGGAGGACCCAAAUUGACCAACGCCCUGGUGGGCAUGAGCCCCUCGUCCUCGCUCUCGGGCCUGUCCAGCCGCGCGGCCUCGGUGUCCAGCCUGCACGAGCGCCUGCUGUUUGCUCCGGGCAGUGAGGAGGCCAUCGAAAGACUGAAGGAGACAGAGAAGAUCAUAGCCGAGCUCAACGAGACCUGGGAGGAGAAGCUGCGGAGAACAGAGGCCAUCCGGAUGGAGAGGGAAGCCCUGCUGGCUGAGAUGGGCGUGGCCAUGAGAGAGGAUGGCGGCACCUUGGGAGUGUUCUCUCCCAAAAAGACGCCGCAUCUUGUCAACCUGAAUGAGGACCCACUGAUGUCUGAGUGUCUCCUCUACUAUAUCAAGGACGGGCUCACCAGAGUGGGCCGGGAGGACGGGGAGCGGCGGCAGGACAUCGUUCUGAGCGGACACUUCAUCAAGGAGGAGCACUGUGUGUUCCGCAGCGACUCCAGAGGGGGCAGCGAAGCUGUGGUGACCCUGGAGCCCUGCCAGGGGGCAGACACCUACGUCAAUGGCAAGAAAGUCACAGAGCCCAGCAUCCUGCGGUCGGGAAACCGCAUCAUCAUGGGGAAGAGCCACGUGUUCCGGUUCAACCACCCCGAGCAGGCGCGGCAGGAGCGGGAGCGCACGCCCUGUGCGGAGACGCCCUCGGAGCCCGUGGACUGGGCCUUCGCGCAGCGCGAGCUGCUGGAGAAGCAGGGCAUCGACAUGAAGCAGGAGAUGGAGCAGAGGCUGCAGGAGCUCGAGGACCAGUACCGCAGGGAGAGGGAGGAGGCCACCUACCUACUGGAGCAGCAGAGGCUGGACUACGAGAGCAAGCUGGAGGCCCUGCAGAAGCAGAUGGAGUCCAGGUACUUCCCAGAGGUGAACGAAGAGGAGGAGGAGCCGGAGGACGAAGUCCCGUGGACGGAGAGGGAGUGCGAGCUGGCCCUGUGGGCCUUCCGGAAAUGGAGGUGGUACCAGUUCACGUCGCUGCGGGACCUGCUCUGGGGCAACGCCAUCUUCCUCAAGGAGGCCAACGCCAUCAGCGUGGAGCUCAAGAAGAAGGUUCAGUUCCAGUUUGUCCUCCUCACGGACACGCUCUACUCCCCCCUGCCGCCGGACCUGCUGCCCCCAGAGGCUGCCAAGGACCGGGAGACACGCCCCUUCCCCCGCACCAUCGUGGCUGUGGAGGUGCAGGACCAGAAGAACGGGGCCACCCACUACUGGACGCUGGAGAAGCUCAGGCAGCGUCUGGACCUGAUGCGGGAGAUGUACGACCGGGCGGCCGAGGUGCCCUCCAGCAUCAUCGAGGACUGUGACAACGUGGUGACUGGCGGAGAUCCCUUCUACGACCGGUUUCCCUGGUUCCGGCUGGUGGGCAGCUCAGUCGCCUCUGGCUGCAGCAGCUACCCUCUUCUGAACACGUGCAUGAGCACACGCAUGGCCGCUCUCACCCCCUCCCCCACCUCCUCGAGCCCCGACUCCAGCGCCACCGAGCCUGCUGAGGAGCAGAGCCUGGGGGAGGAGGAGGAGGAGGAGGACCUGGAGGACGACGUCUUUCCGGAGCGCGCGCUGUGUGACGGCCGGGACCCGUUUUACGACCGGCCCCCCCUGUUCAGUUUAGUAGGAAGGGCCUUCGUGUACCUGAGCAACCUGCUGUACCCGGUGCCCCUGGUGCACCGCGUGGCCAUCGUCAGCGAGAAGGGCGAGGUGAAGGGCUUUCUGCGCGUGGCAGUCCAGGCCACCUCAGCUGACGAGGAGGCUCCUGACUACGGCUCGGGCGUCCGCCAGUCAGGAACGGCCAGGAUCUCCUUCGACGACCAGCAUUUUGAGAAGUUCCAGUCGGAGUCCUGCCCCGGGGGGAUGUCGCGCUCCGGGACCUCCCAGGAGGAGCUGCGCAUCGUGGAGGGCCAGGGCCAGGGCGCUGACGUGGGGCCCUCCGCCGACGAGGUCAACAACAACACCUGCUCAGCCCUGCCUCCGGAAGGCCUCCUUCUGGACAGUCCCGAGAAGACCGCCCCCGAGGGGCCCCUGGAUGCCGCCCUGGACCACCUGCGCCUGGGCAGCACCUUCACCUUCCGCGUGACCGUCCUGCAGGCGUCCAGCAUCUCCGCUGAGUACGCCGACAUCUUCUGCCAGUUCAACUUCAUCCAUCGCCACGACGAGGCCUUCUCCACUGAGCCCCUGAAGAACACCGGGAGGGGCCCCCCGCUCGGCUUCUACCAUGUCCAGAACAUCGCGGUGGAGGUGACCAAGUCCUUUGUCGAGUACAUCAAGAGCCAGCCCAUCGUGUUCGAGGUCUUCGGCCACUACCAGCAGCACCCCUUCCCGCCCCUCUGCAAGGAUGUGCUCAGCCCCCUGAGACCCUCGCGCCGUCAUUUCCCACGUGUCAUGCCGCUGUCCAAGCCAGUGCCCGCCACCAAGCUCAGCACGUUGACGCGGUCCUGCCCCGGGCCCCGGCACUGCAAGUACGACCUGCUGGUGCACUUCGCCAUCUGCGAGCUGGAGGCCGACGGCGACUACAUCCCGGCAGUGGUGGACCACCGCGGCGGCAUGCCGUGCAUGGGGACCUUCCUGCUCCACCAGGGCAUCCAGAGACGGAUAACCGUGACGCUGCUGCAUGAGACGGGCAGCCACAUCCGCUGGAAGGAAGUGCGCGAGCUGGUCGUGGGUCGCAUCCGAAACACUCCCGAGACAGACGAGUCCCUGAUCGACCCCAACAUCUUGUCUCUCAACAUCCUCUCGUCGGGGUACAUCCACCCGGCCCAGGAUGACCGGCAGUUUCUUGAUUCGGACAUGCCUAGCGGUGCAUUCGGAAAUGACACUAGGACCUUCUACCAGUUCGAGGCCGCGUGGGACAGUUCCAUGCACAACUCUCUGCUGCUGAACCGGGUCACCCCGUACCGAGAGAAGAUCUACAUGACCCUCUCUGCUUACAUCGAGAUGGAGAACUGCGCCCAGCCGGCCGUCAUCACCAAGGACUUCUGCAUGGUCUUCUACUCCCGGGACGCCAAGCUGCCCGCCUCCCGCUCCAUCCGCAACCUGUUCGGCAGCGGGAGCCUGCGGGCCUCGGAGAGCAACCGGGUGACAGGCGUGUAUGACCUCAGCCUGUGCCACGUGGCGGACGCUGGCAGCCCAGGCAUGCAGCGGCGGCGCCGGCGGGUGCUGGACACGUCCGUCGCCUACGUGCGGGGGGAGGAGAACCUGGCGGGCUGGAGGCCUCGCAGCGACAGCCUCAUCCUGGACCACCAGUGGGAGCUGGAGAAGCUGAGCCUCCUGCAGGAGGUGGAGAAGACCAGGCACUACCUGCUUCUGCGUGAGAAGCUGGAGACCACCCAGCGGCUUGUCACCGACACGCUGUCCCCGGCCUCCAGCGAGGCCUCCGAGUCCCACAGCUUGUCCAGCGCCUCCUCCCCGCUCUCGGCCGAUGGCCGACCAUCUCCCCUGGAGGCUCCCAACGAGAGGCAGCGGGAGCUGGCCGUCAAGUGUCUGCGUCUGCUCACGCACACGUUCAACAGGGAGUAUGCGCACAGCCACGUCUGCGUCAGCGCCAGCGAGAGCAAGCUCUCUGAGAUGUCGGUCACCCUGCUUCGGGACACGCCCACGUCCCCCCUGGGCGCGGCCACACUCACGCCCUCCUCCACCUGCCCCUCUCUGGUCGAAGGGCGGUACGGAGCCGCCGACCUGAGGACCUUGCAGCCCCACUCCCGGCCGGCCAGCCCGGAGCCGGAGCCCCUGCCGGAGGCGGAGGCGGAGGCCAAGAAGACGCCCUCUCCCGCCCGGGCCGCGGAAGCAGACAAGGAGCCGCAGCGCCUGCUGGUCCCCGACAUCCAGGAGGUCCGGGUCAGCCCCAUUGUGUCCAAGAAGGGCUACCUGCACUUCCUGGAGCCGCACACGGCCGGCUGGGCCAAGCGUUUCGUGGUGGUGCGGCGGCCCUACGCCUACAUGUACAACAACGACAAGGACGCCGUGGAGAGGUUUGUGCUGAACCUGUCCACCGCCCAGGUGGAGUACAGUGAGGACCAGCAGGCCAUGCUCAAGACGCCCCACACCUUCGCCGUGUGCACGGAGCACCGCGGCGUCCUGCUGCAGGCCAGCAGCGACAAGGACAUGCACGACUGGCUGUACGCGUUCAACCCCCUGCUGGCCGGGACCAUCCGGUCCAAGCUCUCCAGAAGGAGGUCUGCCCAGAUGAGGGUCUGAGCGAAGACCCCCCUCCAGAUAGCCAGCAGGCCCAGGCUGCUGCCUCCACCGUCCGUCUGUCUUUGCCGCCCAGCCUUUCCCCCAGACAGCGGGCCCCUCGUCCUGGGGACGCCGCUGGGCCCGCGAGCCCACCUCCGGCCGGGGACCUGCACCACACGACCUGUCCGCCCAGCGGAGGCCGCAUGUCGUGCUCCUUCUUCGAGAACGUGCCCUGGGGGGAAGAGCUGGGAGCCGCUGAGAGACCGAGCACCGGUCAGGGGGCAUCGCUGACGUUCUAAUAUUUUUUUAAGCAUAGACAGACUUAUAAUUAAUAUACGGUAGUUAGCAACAUGGAAACAGCCCACUCAGAAAUUAACUAUAAGACUGUGUUCUAUUUAUAAGUAUUUAUUUCUAACGACCUGUAGGAUUCAGAGGGAUCCUGUCCCUGCUUGUUCCCACAUGACCCUCCCCAGCCUCUUAGGGACAGACAGGGCGGCCGCCGCCUUGGAGGACCACAGUGAGGGUGGCCCCUCGGGACACCCGCCCGGGCCCGAGGCCUCUCCAGCUGCAUUUGAGGCCGGCCCUUGCCCUGGGUGCGUGCCUGUGUCAGGGGGACCUCGUGCCGAAGUCCGAGCAGCACAGAAAGGGGUGUGUGCCCGCGCUAGCGUAGGCAUGGGCACACCUCGCUGCGCAGCAGCCGCCCGAGACGAGACUCCUGGCAAAGCUCAGCCGCUCCGGGAGCG